GUGAGCGUCAGUCAGCCUGCAGCAAACAUCGGGAAAACUCUAGCCCGGACGACGCACGACCACCACAACCUUGGAGCUGUGUGCCUGUGUUUGGCAGAUAACAGUUUGUGACCUGUCACAUAACCCAGACUGGAGGGCGACACAUGCCCACCAUGACUUUCAAGCAACAGGUGGUGCUCCGUUGGGUUCCAUGUGUCCUUGUCACCGCAGUGGUACUGGCGUGGUCGCUUAAUGUAGUGGUGCAUAAGCCUUCUCUAAUCUUGGAAAUGAAGGACAUUAGAAGCCUAAAGCAAACCAUGGGUUACCCUGCUAAUGAGACCAUGGUCAUGGUACCUUACGACCAGUUAGAGGAAAUACGUCGUGAAGUUUCAUCAGGCUUAAGGUCAGCAGCGGCGUUUCUUCGCACUAGUCUGAGGGACUUGUCCAAUACUGUAAAGGCUUCAGCAAAUGAGAGUGUUAACUCAGUGUUGGCCGAGGCUGAGGACCGUUUAAGGGUAAUUCAAUUUGACUUAUCAAGCAUUGACCAAUUAGGAAAACUAACAGACUGGCGUCAAAAGGAAGCAGCCAUUUUAACUCAAGAGGUUCAAAGAAGGAUUCACGCCCUUCAGAACCCAAUGAAUUGUUCCAACGCCAAGAAAAUAGUGUGCAGGAUGUCCAGGGAUGGUGGAGCAGCUUCCCUCAUCCAUCAUCUCGUCUACUGCAUCAUGGCCGCGUAUGGAAGCGGCAAGACUUUUGUGCUGCACUCUCGGGGCUGGAGGUAUUCCCCUGAUGGAUGGGAAGUAUUGUUUGAACCGCUGAGCCACACCUGUGUUAAUAUAUCUUCUGGAGUCAUCGACCCUUGGCCAGGCACCAAUGAAAGUGAGGCAGUGAUGUUUCCGGACUGGGAUAGAUCGGAGCCUAAGCCUGCCCAUCAGCCAAUGGCUGUCCCUGUGGACAUCGCCAGCCGUCUUCAACGAUUUCACGAGAUGCCCUCCGCUUGGUGGGUGGGCCAGUUCAUUUCCUACAUGAUGCGGAUACGGCCAGAAAUGCAACAAAUCAUCAAUCAAGUACAGAUGCAACUUAAUUUCAGUCAUCCCAUCGUGGGUGUACAUGUGCGACGGACGGAUAAGACAAGUGAAGCUAAACUGUUUCCAAUUGAAGAAUACAUGAUCCACGUGGAGAACUACUACCAGAGCCUUGACCUAAAGUCACCUUUAGGGGUUCCUGCCCAUCGAAGGGUGUUCCUGGCAUCUGAUCAGAGUUCUCUCAUCACGGAAGCCAAAAAGAAGUACCAAAACUACGAAUUCCUUUGGCACAAAAACAACGCUGAGAAUAUGCAGAACCGUUAUAACCUUUUGAGUUUUAAGGAUUUUAUAACGGAGCUCUACUUCCUCGCCCACUCAGAUUUCCUUGUGUGCACCUUUUCCUCCAAUGUGUGUCGUUUAGCGUAUGAAAUGAUGCAGUCUGUUCAUGCUGACGCUCCUUCGAGGAUCAUCUCCCUGGAUACGAACUAUUUCUUUCACCAUGCAAGACCAAGAUACCUCAAGGUUCGCUUCCCUCACCGUCCAAGCAAGUCUGCCAAGAAGAAGGGUUUUUUGGAAGCAGACGCUGGGGAGAAUUUGGCGUCGAUUAUAAGAAAUGUGGCUGAGACAGGUUAUAUUCAAGUCUGGGAUUCCCGCGGAGGGAAGGCGAUCAAACUUAUACCGGACUACAAAAUACGUGAAGUUCUGGAUGUUGUCAACGUUACAGUAGCGGAACGUGCUACAAGUGAACGUCAGAGGCCCUGAGGGAGAAGAGGAUAAAUUCGGGUGUGGUGUGGUGGUGUAGUGUGUGUGUGGAGGUAUUAGUGGGCAAACUUCUUCAUGGGUUGCAUCAAGGAGGAAAUUUUCAAGAAAGUAAAAAAGCCGGAUAUAUAUUGCCGGUAUAUUGACGACAUUUUCAUCAAGACAAAGGCUUACACACUGUAGCACGUGGAAACAAGUCCACCAAGAAAUACAGCGCUCAACUCAAGUCCUCAUAAACAACAAUUUCAGUGAAAAGGACAUCAACCGCUUAGUAAAGAAAAUUGUCGACAGCUGGCAUAACAAGAAGCAACAAGAGGAUAAGAAAGGGAACAUCAACAUCUUCUAUAAAGCAACUUUCUCUACCGCCUACGAAGAAGAUGAGAGGGCCAUCACGCAGAUUGUGAAGAGGAACAUCAAGCCUUCCGACCUUGACAGACAAGUUAAACUGAUAAUUUAUUACAACACCAAGAAAACCAGCCAUCUUCUUCUGAAAAAUAACCCCUCAAAAGAGAAAGAGAGCCUUCAAAAGUCACAUGUCAUAUAUAGGUUUACGUGUAACCAAGGAAACUGUGAAGUCCUUCCCUCCACCUAUGUUGGCAUGACGACAACAAGACUCUCCCAACGACUAACUUUCCACCUCGCAGCAGGAGCACCCAAGAAACAUCUGAAGGAGAAGCAUAACAUAAACAUCACAAGAGGAAUGCUAGUAGAUAAAACGGAGAUCCUAACUACAUGCCCAGACACCAGGCGUCUCCCCAUCUUAGAAGCACUAUAUAUAAAAGAGACAAACCCUACAUUAAAUCAACAAUCCGAAGACCUACAAGCAUUACCAAGCGCGCGAAGACCCAGCUUGGAUAGCAGCCCAGCACAGCCCGCGACAGCCGUCAGCCAAUCAGAGACCAGGACGCACAGCGGGGUGACAAGCCUACCGGUAUAAAUACACCCCCGCAAUCAGCUUGAGC